AAACACCCUUCCUUUGUUCUGUACUCCCCGCCACCCCCUCUUUCCUCUGUGCGCCCUUCUCCACAGUCACCAUGAGGCCAGAACUCCCUCUCUUCCUCUUUCUCUCCCUCUCCUCUCUCUUCCACCCUGCCACCCCCGCCUGCGUCCCUCGCAACUCCUCUCCCGCAUACCUCUACCUCUCUUCCCCAUUGCCGGCCCCUGCCUCGGCCCCGUCUCCAUCUUCAAAGUCAUCCCAGUCCCCAUUGCCAUCUCCGAGGCCAUUCCGAGCCCAGAGUCCAUCUCUAACACCAGCCUCAUCACCAUCUGUCACCCCUACGCCAUCUCCAGAAGAGGAACCAUCUCUGUCCCCUGUCUCGUCUCCGGUCGGGGGACCAUCUCUGUCUCAAUUCUCAUCACCAUCAACUGCUCCGGUCCACUCGAGCGACCUUCCGAAUGCCGUCGAGGGGAUGUGCCGCCACACCGACUACCAGGACUUGUGCCUUUCAUCAAUCAGUGCUCUCUUGCCGGCAUUUGCGACCAUCGAUGCUAAGACUCUCCUUACUCUGGAAAUGAAGGCAUGCCGGUACCAUACAGAGAUUGCGCGUACCGAGGCUGCCAAGCUUGCCAAUGAUAGUUCCAAUCCAAGUAUCCUCCAAUCAUGCACUGAGAACUAUGAUGAUGCAUUGGACAAUCUCGACUCUGCCGCGAAGGCCUUGGCUGAAGGGGAUAAGGGGACUCUCAAUAGUAUGUUAAGUGCGCUCAUCGACGACUACGGCACAUGCGAGGAUGGGUUCACAGAGAUGGCCGCGACCUCGCCGAUGGCAAGCUAUGAUGAUACGCUCACCAAGUUGGCUAGCAACUGCCUUGCCCUUGCUGCAUUGAUCAAAUUCUGAGGCUUGAGCCUUGAGCCUUCCUCUUGGAUAGCUUUUUUCCAUGGACUCCUGUGCUUCUUUCUUGGUUUCUUUUUUGUUUUUCUACUUUGAAGCAAACUGAUGGGCAUGGCCAUCAACUUCAUUUCAAAGAGGUUAUGAAAGAUGUCCUUUUUUUGGAUAUUUAUUAACACAAGUCUUUCAGCUGGGUUUCUUC